AUGAGUUCAACUCAUGAAAAUAAACAGUUUCAUAAGAAAUAUGCUAGUCAAUUUAAUACCUUUAAGAAAACAAGAGACUACCAAAGUCAACAAGAAGCCGUAAUGUUAGGACUAUUAAAUAAGUAUGAAAAUUACUCAUUGUUUUUACCUUCAAAAAGACAUUGUAGAAGUGUCCCUUUCAUUCCAUUAAACACUAUAUUUAUUAAUGAUGAAGAAAUUAAUUGUAACGAAAUUAUUAACUCAAGACUUGCGGAUUUCUAUGAAAUGGACAAAGCAAAUGGGAUUCCAGACCACACUGCACUCAGGAGAAAGAAGGCAAAUUUAGUUGCUGAGACAAUAAAUUUUCUUGCUGAUGUAAUAGAAAUGAAAGGUUAUGUUUUUGAAUCAAAAAUAUCAACUGGAAAAAAAGGGAUUCAAAAGGAAACACUUAACGCAAUUGCUUCUCAAAUUCUUUAUCUUAAUAAAGAUGAUAUUAUCACUAAAGGAACAGAACUUAAUAAAUAUUUUUUAUCUCAAAUGCAACAUAGUUCUCAAACACUUUUUAAAAAAGGAAAUCCAUAUAUAGCGGAGGUUCUUGGUAUUUAG